AGGAGAUAAAACUAUGUAAAAUAGGCUCCCUGCCCCUCUCUCUUGCUGUCGCUGAAGAGGAGGAUCCACCUGAGCAGCAGCACUGUGAGCAAGAGUGGAAUCCCAGUCUGGUGCAGGAGGACCCAAAGCCCACACAGAUUAUAGAGGAAGAGCAGAUUCAAGGGCUGGAGCCUGAUAUCAUAGAGUUCAAAUUCACUCCUUCCUGUGUGAAAAGUGAAUGUGAUCAGGAGGACCCACUUUGGUCCUUGACUCUUCCUAAAACCCAGAUUGUGGAGCACGUAGAUAUUGACUCUAAACGAGUGGAUCCUGAACCUUUUGCCACUGUGACCCACCUGAAGGGUUUCGACAUUUCCUGUGACCCUCCAGAUAAUCAAAACAAUGCCUCUAUCCACAGCUCAGCCAUAAGCAGCAACCCAGUAGGACUUGACAGCAGCCCACCAUUGGAUCCCAGCCCAACAUUGGCUCCGACCCCACCAAUGGGGAAACCCUGCAACUACCCCUUUUAUGGCAAGACAUUCAAACAAAAAGGAAAUCUGUCCAUGCACAUGCGUAUUCACACAGGAGAGAUGCCAUUUAACUGUGGUGACUGUGGGAAGUGCUUCAUUCAGAAGGGUGACUUAAGAAGACAUAUACUGACUCACACAGGAGAGAAACCAUUUAGCUGUAAUUUUUGCAGUAAAAGUUUCAAUCAGAAGGGGGACCUAAGGAGGCAUACACUCACUCACAAAGGAGUGAAACAACAUGGCUGUGCAGUCUGUGGUUUAAGAUUCACUCACAAGGCUUAUCUGCUGAAGCAUGUGCAUAAAGUCCACAAAGAAAGAAAACAGGAUGAAAACUGAAAGGAAAGAUAAUUAGGACAAAGACAUCUGUCAGAAGAUGGGAAUAAAAAAAACAGGAUGUGUAUAACACUCCUAGGAAAGCAAAGCAACUCUGGAUCAUUCAUGGUCUGCGUUACAGAUAAAUAGAUGUGUGAUUCAUUUACUUUUGUAAAGCCUGUGUAAAUAAAGUUUGAUAUGAUUUG